AUGUUACAGGCUUGUCGGUCUCGUGACAAAUUUGCCUUGUGUCAGAUCCUGCCAACGCUUAUCCACUGUGAGAAUGAGCGAGCAUCUGAGGAUACUUUCCUCCACACCAUCAUCUCUUAUCUAAUCCCCAUGGCCGAGGACUUCAGCCAAGAGGACUUGUGUGUUGUCGUGUUUGAUGACUUCAUACUGCCAUCCAUUUCCAAGGAAAACAUGAUGAGACACCUGCUGCGAUUGUUGUGGCACAUCCACCACAAGCUACCACCCACCCGCCUCGAGGCUCUCAUGCAGGCCACGGCACCAAACAAUGAGCACAGUGAAGCUGUUCACACGACGUACCAGCAGCUGGCAGAUAAAAUAUCCUCAUAUGAACCAAGUCCUGCAACUCCACAGGAACAGCUUGACUCGCCACUCAUGAGUGUUCCUGCGCCCACUCCUGCUCCGUACUGAACCCCGGAUUAGCCUAGGACCUUCAUGGAACAGUUGUAUUGUGUUUUAGUAUGUAAUUGAUAAAAAGCAAUGGGAUAAGAACAAGCUGUAAAACUCCAAGCCAUUUUUAUGUAUUUGUCAUCAGCACAUCAAUACUUUUGGCCAUUAUCAAAAAUAAAAAAUAAAUGAAACUAAAAUUUACCUCAUCUUUUAAUUUUGUUGAAUAAUCAUUUUCAUGAAUGUGUCUGAAAUGAUUUUUAUUCAUUGCCAAAUAUGUUAUGACACUGGCACAAAUACUUAUCCAUAUCCAUUGUUAAUAUACUGUUCAUGAGUAAAUAAAGAAACACUCCCUGUGAAAAAUUAAAAGUGCAAUGGACACAGCAAUGAACAAGGCAAUUGACAGAGAAAAAGACACCACUCAGUAUGAUAUCCAAAAGGAUGUUGCCAAUAACAGACCAGAACCAGGGCAGUUUUUCGUUUAAAUGGUCAAACCGGUCGGACCACUGUUGUUCGUUUAUUAA